AAGAAUACUGCUACCCACAUCACAGGGGUAUUUUUUAGUAUUAAAUGAGAUAAGCCAUGUGGAAAAUAUUAUUAUGUAAAAAUACUAUAAACUUCAGGUCAUAAAUGGCAGGCUGUUGGCCAAAUGUAGCCACAAAUAUGUUUGAAUUGGCUGUCAUAGUUUUGGCUUUUAGCAGUGCUGUAAAACAAUUUUAAUUAGUCGUCAACUUUCAAAGAUUUGUUAAUUUCACAUAAAAUAUGGACUUUUGAGUUUUCCUUAAAAAGUCAUAUUAGCUGGCAAUAUUGGCUUUGCAUUCUUCACAGCAAAAGCAACAAAAUGCAAGUCUGAUUCUCACCUUGGAGGGGCUUUGCACUCCCAUCGGUUGCACUUCCCAUCAUUUAAUUAUCUUUUCCCUGACACUGAAGAAAGAGAGGCUCAGUUUUCCUUGUCUGGUCAGUUUCAUUCACUUGUGUCUUUUUUUUUUUUUGAGACGGAAUCUCUUUCGACAGGCUGGAGUGCAGUGGUACCAUCUUGGCUCACUGCAACCUCUACCUCCUGGGAGAAUUACUUGAACCCAGGAGGCGGAGGUUGCCGUGAGCUAACCUUGCGCCCCUGCACUCCAGCCUGGCUACAGAGCAAGACUCCGUCUCAAAAAAAAAAAAAAAGGAUCUACUUUUGAGAAUGCUGUCACUGGUUGAUAAAAUACAGCAGAAACUUGUGAAGAAGCUAUUUUCCAUGUUCACCUGGCAUGUUUGGAGAUGAUUGCCAUCAACUUUGUGACUAUGAAGGAGAAAACUUCUGCCACCCAAAAACUGAAAAAUGCCUCUGCCCCCCUGGGAGAACUGGAGCCAGAUGUGAUGCUGAUAAGUCUCCAGUGUUGGGCAUUCAGCAUGAGUGUUGCCUUUUUCUCACCUCAAGAAAACUAGCCAACUUUCCCUGUGUCCUUCACAAUGCAACCACUAAAGCUCUACUGAAUACUCUAAUUCUGAGAAGGCACCUUAAAAAUUUGAAUCUUAUAACUUGCUCGGAUCAUAUGGCUCCUAAGUGGAGCAGAACUCAGGUUUGCCUCAUUCCAGAGGCCACAUUCUUGACUAUAGCAUGCAUGCAAUUAUAAAACACUACCAUCUAGGAUGAAAAUCCAUACCUGUAAAUUUUGGAAUGUAAUAAAAUUUUGAUGAAUCCAAGUCAGAAUGAGUUCAUACUCCAGUUGCUAAUCAGGACAUACACAGGUAGUCACAUUUUCAACCACCUUUAUUUUUGAUGCAUAAAAA